AUGCGGAUUGUAGUUGCACAAGAUCUGAGUGGGAGCCAUGCGCCGCCAGAAGCUUACUACGUGUAUAGUCAUUCACAGAACCACCUGGCAGAGAGCCAGGAGAACUGCAGCGGGGGCAGGGGAUUCAAGUGCAAGAUCACCGGCGAAUCGGCGGGAGCAAUCAUUAUAGCACUCAAAAAAAAUAUUGCAACAUUUUAA